AUGAGAUACAAAAUAUUAAUCUGGUUGCUAUUACUUUUAAUGUCUCUGUGUGCCCUGUAUAGAGAAUACCAUUUCAGUACAAAGAAACUGCAGAUGACAUAUCAGUGCUGGUCUGUGAAAAGCCAGUCAGAACUACAGAUAACAUCAAACUGGUUUAAUUACAUGAACUCAAUACACAAAUAUAUGAGAACUACCAACUGGUCAGCUCCAAUUGUGUGGACUGACACUUACAAUCAGUCAGCCUUGAAAAAGUAUUAUGAAAAGCACCCAGUUACUGUGGGGCUGGUUGUGUUUGCAGUGGGAAGUUACGUUUGGUACUACUUGGGAAGCUAUCUGGCAUCUGCUAAUACGUUCUUCAUGGUCGACCAGAGGGUCGUCAUCUAUGUCAUGUUGGAUGAUUUUGCCUAUAUGGCAUUGAUAACUCUGAAUCGUCUCCGGACGUUUAAAAUUUUUAAGAUUAAACGGGAGAGGAGGUGGCAAGACAUCAGUAUGAUCAUGAAGAUUAUCAGUGAGCACAUCACAGAGCACAUACAGAAUGAGGUUGACUAUGUCUUCUGCAUGGAUGUGAAUCAGACAUUCCAAGGCAGCUACGGUUUGGAGACCCUGGGAGACUCCAUAGCUCAGUUACAUAGCUAUUGGUAUAAGAAAAGCCCCAAAGACGUGCCUUAUGAAAGAAAUGUGUCAUCAGAAGCUUACAUACCAGAGGGGAAGGGAGAUUUUUAUUACCAUGCUGCUGUUUUUGGAGGCACAGCCUCGCAGGUCCUCAAGAUUACUAAAGAGUGUGCCAAAGGGAUUAUGAAUGAUAAGAAAAAUAAUAUCGAAGCAGUUUGGCAUGACGAAAGCCAUUUAAACAAGUAUUUCUUUCUC